UUCUUUUACACAGUGUGUGGUACACCAACCUAGUUUACUGUUCUACCAUGAAGUUUGCUACUGCUGCUACUGUCACGCUUUUGGCUCUUUCUACGGUAGAUGCCUUGAACGUUAAGAAACUCUUUCGUUUCGGAAAAACUUCCCUUCCCAAAGACAGCUCUCCCAAGCCGGCGGCCAAAGGCGGCUACGAUCUGGAUGUGUCGGAACUCUUUGACGGCAACAAUAAGUUCAUUGCGGACAAGCUCGCCGGUGACCCCGCGUACUUCGACACCCUCGGAACCGUUCACUCCCCCAAGUACUUGUACAUUGGCUGCGUCGAUGCUCGCGCUCCCCCAAACAUGAUCAUGGGCACGGAAGCCGGUACCAUGUUGACGGUCCGCAACAUCGCCAACAUGGUCGUCAACAACGACUUGGCCGUCAUGUCGGCUAUUCAAUUCGGUAUCAACGUACUUAAAAUCCCCAACGUAAUCCUGUGUGGACACUACGAAUGCGGCGGUGUCCGAGCUUCGGUCGCCAAUGUCGACCACGCUCCGCCGCUCUCCAUCUGGCUCCGUAAUAUCCGGGAUGUCUACCGUUUGCACGCCAAGGAGCUCGACGCCAUUAAGGACCCCGAAGAACGUCACCGUCGCCUCGUCGAUUUGAACGUCAUUGAACAAUGCGUCAACCUCUUCAAGACCGGAGUCAUCCAGGCUAAGCGCAUUGAAAGCUACAAGGAUGGCGGUGUGGCCAUUCCUCAGGUGCAUCCCGUCGUCUUUGACCCUAAAACGGGUGAGGUCAAGAAACUCAAGGUUGACUUUGACAAGUACAUGGCCGAGAUCAACGGCAUUUACGAUUUGUACGAUCUGGAAAACGCCAAGGUCCCCAUGUAGGUCCAAAAUUUCGAAUUCAAAAAUAUUUUUUGUUUUUGUGCUACGUUUCUGGCGACAACGGAAGUGACGUGGGGAUGUGCUCCGCCCACCAAAAGGGAGACCGUCCUUUUGGGUGCCUACGACCUACUUUUAACUUUACUAAAAACUUGGGUGAUUUGUAAAAAUGAC